CUGCCAGUGUUGUUACAUGGAGGCGCGCGAGUGACCGAGUGAUCCAGUGAUCCAGUGAUCCAGUGCUGCUGCUGUUUAAGCGCCUGUGAGAUCUCUGAGCCUUGAUUUCAUCCCACUGCGACCAGUUCAUGUCCUGAAGCUCUACAUGACUGCCUGCUAUCCUCAGGUGUACCACUCCACGUUCGUGCCGUGCCGUGAGAUGACCGAAGUGAUUAUCAGCAGCACUCCAAUGGAGGACAUACGGCUCAGCCCAAGUAAAGACCGCCUCACUUUCCAGAUAUUUCCUGAUCCAUCUGAUUUCGAACGCUGCUGUAAGCUGAAGGACCGCCUUCCGUCCAUCGUAGUGGAGGCAACCGAGGGUGAGGUGGAGAGUGGCGAGCUGCGCUGGCCGCCAGAGGAGCUCCUGAUCAGACGGGGAGAGGGAGAUGAAGAGGAUGAUGAGGAGGAGGAGGAGGAGGAAGAGAUUGAUGGGAGUGUACAAAAGGGACAGCAAACGCAAAGAAAAGACUGAUGUGUACGCGCAUAUGCACAAGCAUGGUUUAAGAGUCCUUCAUUAAGAACGGGAUGAGAGGAGGAAUGUGACAAGAGGCUGAUGCUGAUCUUACACCUGGUGCUAAAUUAAAGCUUUACCAAUACAGCCCGCUUAUUAUGAAUACCCUUACGUCAUGCAAGAUAACUUUACACCGAGUUCCUUUUAAGCCUCGACACAAGCCAGCGUAGCCACCCGCCAUAACGCGUUCUCGUCUCUCGCUCGCUCUCACACUCCUUGUUCUCGCACGCACAUUUUCUCGCACACAUUAAUAUCCAUAUAUAAUUCCGCAUAUGUUCGUCGAUGUUUGAGGGGAGGAAUUUAGUUGUCUGGCUUGUUUUUUUUUUUUUUCAACAAGCGCAAUAUCCCUCGUGAUAGACUUUUAGAUGAUCAUACUGUACACACAGUGUUUGCUUUAUUUUCUGCAAUAAUAAUAAUAAUAAUAAUAAAUGUAUUGAUUUUGACGAUUGAUGUUAGGUGACUAUAUAGGGUUAAACAGCAAUGGCAUUCAGACUGUUCAGUUUUCACUGGUGUGAAGGAUAAACUUCCAAAACACACCAGUUAAGUUCAUUUUCAAGCCGUCUGUUCUAACUUACAGCAAAAUGAAGCCACGAGGCCGAUUUCGCACUGAAGCAUCAAACUGUCUAGGAUGUUAUUGCUAAUUUUGGGUUUAGCCUAGUCACCAUUUUGUUUUUGUUGUUUGUUUUGUUUGUUUUUUCAUUUGGAACAUUCUUCCAUUUAAUACUGUAUGUAAAUAAUUUUUGUACUCAGAAGUAGUCAUUUUCACUGUGAAUAUCUGCAUGUAGUUGUUUGUCUUUGUACUGUACAUAGAUCAGUUUCUUUUCAGUGAGCUAACGAUUAGCAUGCAGUGGAAGUUGACACAAAUCCAAAUCUGUCGUUUAAUGCUAAUCGUGUUCUUUACCCGUCCCCUCCCCAUCGCUUUAGACAUAACUCAUUGCAUUUAGAGUACUGUAAAAAUUUAUAUUUGGAUUCCCAGUGUGAUUGGAAUACAUCCUCUUCCCUCAGUGGAAAGGUUACAAGAAGGUCACCUUGGCACUGAGAGCACCUUUGUAUAUUGACACAAUGUCUAGCCAUUAUUUUUAUUUCUGGUCUGUUUCUCGUCUACUUGCUGGCUAUGUAUAAAGGCUUUGGUCUCAGUCUGUGUAUGUGUGUAUGCGGGUGUUAAGAGGGUCAAGUGUGUUAAGUAUGUGUAAGGGUCCUCUGUGUGAACUGCUUGUAGAUUUGCUCUGUAUUAUGUGUACAGCUCAGGGAGAAUAGCUGCCAUUUUUUUCUUGGUUAUGAUUUGUUUCCCCUCUCCACCAUUGUUGUUGUUGUAAAUAAACAUUUGGAACGUACUUUAAAA